UUCAAAUUCAAAUAAAACUUAAAUCACUGUGGUGCUAUGCUGAUGAAGUUGCAGAGAAAAUGAGAGUUGCAGAAGAGCAGCACAUAGUGAUGCUGCCGUUCAUGGCGCAAGGCCAUCUCAUCCCAUUCUUAGCCCUAGCCAAUCAAAUCGCCCAACGAUUCCCCUUCACAAUCACCAUCACCACCACCCAACUCAACGUCCGCUACCUCAGAGCCGCCGCCGCAUCCAAUUCCAACCCCCAAAUCCAUUUCUUCGACCUCCGCUUCUCCACCGCCGAUCACGGCCUCCCGCCGGACGCAGAGAACACGGAGGCCGUACCCCUCCACCUCAUCGCCAACCUCUUCCGUGCCUCCACCUCCCUCCAACCCGCCUUCCGCGCCCUAAUCCGCGAUAUAACCGCCAGAGACGGCGCCCCGCCGCUCUGCAUAAUCUCCGACUUCUUCAUUGGCUGGGCUAACGAGGUCGCCAAAUCAUCCGGCACCGUCAACGUUGCCUUCAACACCAGCAGCGCCUACGGCUGCGCCGCCUACCUGUCCAUGUGGCAGCACCUCCCCCACCGCCGCGCCGCCGCCGACGGCACCUUCGCCGUCCCCGGAUUCCCCAACUCCCGCCCCUUCCGCGUCUCUGAGGUGCACGGCUUCCUUAGAGAUGCGGACGACGGUGACGAGUGGUCGAGAUUCCUCCAGCCCCAAAUCGCGCAGUCGCUCAGCUCCUUCGGGUGGCUGUACGCCACCGCCGCGGAGAUCGAGCCGCUAGGGUUGGAAAUCUUCUCCAAUUAUACCAAACGCCCCGUCUGGUGCAUCGGACCGCUCCUGCCUCCGGGGAUUCUGGAUCGGAAACCUUCGCGCGAUGGCAAACACGCCGGCAGAGAACCCGGGAUCUCGCCGGAGAAAUGCUUGGAGUGGCUGGAUUCGCAGCCGGAGAAGUCCGUGGUGUACGUGAGCUUCGGAUCGCAGAACACGAUCAGCCCGUCGCAGAUGAUGGCGCUGGCGGCGGGGCUGGAAGACAGCCGGCGGCCGUUCAUCUGGGCGGUCAGGCCGCCGACGGGGUUCGACUCGCGGGAGGAAUUCAAGGCCGAGUGGCUUCCCGAGGGAUUCGAGCAACGGAAGCAGGGGUUGGUGGUGAGGUCGUGGGCGUCGCAGCUGGAGAUACUCUGCCACCGGGCAACGUGGGCGUUUGUGAGCCACUGCGGGUGGAAUUCGGUGGCGGAGAGCUUGAGCCAGGGCGUGGCGAUCGCGGCGUGGCCGGUUAGGGCGGAGCAGGUGUACAACGUGAAGAUGCUGGUGGAGGAGAUGGGGGUGUUCGUGGAGAUGACGAGGGGCGUGGAGAGUAGCAUUAGUAGAGAGGAGGUGGAGAGAGUGAUUGAGGAGGUCAGCGGCGCGGAGGAGAUGAGGAGGAAAGCGGCGGAGAUUGGGGAGAUGAUCAGAGCAGCAUUGACGGAAGAAGCUGGGCGUAAAGGGUCUUCGCUUAAAGCCAUGGAUGAUUUUGUCGCUGCUCUUCUCUCUCUCAGAGAUAACUAGCUGCUUUCUUUCUUAUCUGUGUAUUAACCCAGAUUUCACGCUUGCUUUUGGAAUAACUAAGCCACCCCAAUUUCAGUAUAAUUAGUGUUUUUUUCUUUAAUUUUAAUUUAUUUUUUGCUUUUGUCCGAAUUAUAUGUCCCAACAUUCAGAUAUUAUCAAAUUGAUAUCCACCUUGGACUCCCUCAUCUCCGCCACCAACAUCGCCGCUGAUCUCGCCUCCCGCUCCUCCCUCACUUUCCUCGCCGUACCCAACACGCUCCUCCGCCCCUAACCUCCCUGACGUAUUCUUCGAGUACCUCUUCCUCACCGACCUCCGUUGGAAAGCUAAUCGCCAACUCCGGCGCCGUCAACAUCACCAGCACACUCAUCAACCGUCACGAUUUCAACGUGGCGAGAAAUACACGUUAGAAACCUCCGUUUCGUGAUGUUGCAACCGGAUUUUUUAUAAUUGAACGCAUUGUUCCUGUGAAGCCGAAGAAGAUGAGUUGCGAAUGCAUCAAGAAUAGAAGCAAGAGCAGUGCAGAGAUGUGUGAGUUAGAAGUGGUUUAUGGAUUUGUGUUGAAGAAACAUUUGGUAAUUUUUCUUCUAAUUCUUAUUCUCUUCAAAGUGGCAAUCCAGACUUUGAGACAUGUCUGAAAGAAUAAAUGGA